AUGAAGAGGGUAACGACCGUGAUACAAACCUCGACGCGUGGGGUCAGAUCCUUGAACGCAGUUAAUUUCCGUUCGCCUUGGCCAUUUGUGAAAAAAGGUACACCUUCUGCGAUUUUCAGAGUUCUCCGAUUUCCUUUAAGGAGCCUACGGUCAGCGCAAAAUUGGGCCUUUCAAUAUGGAAAAAUUCAAAUGGCCGGGACCGAAUCGACAAUUUCCUGAGCUUUCUCCUAAAUGGCAUAAGGAAAACCCCAAGGAGCUACAUGGGUGAAUUUUUUUUUUCAUGAGCGGCUUCAUUACAUUAAAUACUUCAAUCGAAUGAUGCCAUUCAUCAUUAACAUUCGUCAUCUUUUUAUUUUUAUUAGGUCGUCUCAUAUUUAAUGCUGACUUUUUUUUUUGAUGGUAGGAAGGAAUUUUGGGUCUGCGAAUAUUUUAGAGCGUUAAUUGUGCAUACACCAAUCUUGGAUGCUCGAAUCUUUGAAAACGAUUCUUGGGAAUAUUCUCUUCUUUUCUGAUUUUUUAUAGUUUUUCCAAUUUUUUUGAGAACGGAAAUUGAUGGAGAAUGUAUACAGAGUGAAUGAAAAUAUGGUAGCCGUUCUGCAGUGAAUCUUUGACGAAGUGUAUGCGAGAAAGACGCAUUAUUUGAUAAAAAGUUAGUUGAAAACAAUCUCACAGUGUUCAUUUGAGGUCGAAACACGACAUCCUCACAAAAGAACGACAAAGGACAAAAAAAAUGAAGGAAAGAAAAGAUGGCAAUUCAAAAAAGAGGUGAAUAUUCCCAAGAAUCGUUUGCAAAGAUUCAAAUUUUCAAAGAUUCGAGCAUCCAAGAUUGGUGUAUGCACAAAUAACGCUCCCGGAAUUUCGGGGAACCAAAAUUCCUUCCUACCAUCUAUUUUUUGAGCUCUCUCCUUAAAAUCGGUAGAAAAUCUCCAUAACGCCCACAAAAAAAUAAGUUUCCUCACCAGUCUUCUACUUCAGAAAUGUAUAAUUUAUUUGAAAAUACCAGUCUUUAUUUUUAGAAGAAAAAAAAAUUUCAAUUUACCGAUUCUAACCUUCAAUGAUUUUUUUGAAAACAACAACUCAAAUUGAUAAAAAAAUUUUUAAAAAAAGAUUUAUGACUAAAAUGAAGAUUUCAUUGUAAGAUAGUCUUUUAAAAAUCCAAGCUAAAGCGGGAGGCCAAAAAAACUGAUUUCUCUUCUAUCAAAUUUUUUUAUGAUGAAAUUUCACUCAAAGCGGUCGCUCUCCUUCCGAGGCUUCCGGUUGUUCGUUUUAGCUUCAAAAAGUUCUUGCACACUGCCUAGUCCGAUCUAUGACUAAAACAAAAAUAAAUUAUCGAUUGAUUGAUUGAGAUUGUAGUCAUAUUCAUAGAUAAAAAUAGCUUGAAAAUUUAAAGUUUUUUUUGAUUGUGAUUUAGCCAGAGAAAACCAAAAUAGACUAUUUGCCACUUCAGAGGCCGUAUGCAAAAAAGUGGAAAAUGAUUUUCCGCCAUUUUCCUGAAAAUUGAAAAGACCUUAAACUCGCUAGGAUAUAAUGGAUUUCGACUCUAUCUGAUGUAAUAAGGCUUUAUAAGAAGAUUCUGACAGAGAAGAAACAAUUUCAGUCUAAAAAAGACUAAUUGUAGCCAUUUACGAGUUUCAGGAAAAUGGCGGAAAACCAUUUUCCACUUUAUUGCAUACGGCCUCAGAUUUUCAAUCGAUCUUUUUCGUUGAGUAAUGACAACUAGGUAUUCUCGUCUUACAGGUCGUGAGUUUUUCGAAACUUCAAAAAAGCAGAUAGUCUUAAAACCUUAGCUAUCCAUCAUAAAAGUCAACUAAAACUUUUUGCUGCCCAUUUUUGAGAAGAGAAACCUCAAAAUUUUCCGUGCAAUUUUUUUUUCAACCAAUGAAAAUCUGAAGCAAUGUUAGAGUAAUAAUGAGCUUUUCACCAGCUCUACUAAUCCAAGCUUGGGAAAAAGGUGACUUUUCAAAUUUACGCUGAGGAGUCAGUUUAUUAUGAGACAACCUAGUGAUUUCUGUUUUUCUGGAUUCCCAUUUGUCAUUGGACUAUGGUUUUCGAUCUAGGAUAAUGUUCAAAUAGCUAUCAAAGAAAAAUCGAGAAAAAAAGUGCUCUGUCGAAAAUGUUUUUUUUUUUUUUGAGAAAAAAAUUGUUCAAUUCAGAAAAAUUGUAACUUGUACCUGCGCAAGCAAAAAAUUGAUAUUUCUUGUUAAGCGGAGUAUUUAUUUAUCUUCUCGUUUACUAAUCUUGACAUCUCAGUUCAUUUUUCUUCUAAACUGUGAUACGAUUUAUUUUUGGAAAAAGAAGAUUUUUUCUUUUCUCUUUACAGAUAUACUGGGGUUCAAGCAGAAGGUUACAUCAAUUCCCUAGAUGGCGAAUUUGUAGCAGUUCAAGAAAUGCAGAGUAAACUUGUCGUGCCUAACUUGGAAGGAUUCAAGUACUCCGGUUCUGUUUUCUCUAACAUUCUGCUGGUUCAGACUCACCCCGUACGUAUCAUAUCGAACAGAUGUUCAAAUAAAGAAGCGCCUGGCUGCUUAUGAAGCGAAGGUGAGUUUUUCGAAACAAAAUAAUUUUUUUACUUCAUGAAUUUGAGGUUCGAGAAAAGGGCAGUGAACGCUUAGCAGAUCUACACACGGUCGAGGACGAAAGGUUUUCGUUUUUUUUUCGUUGGUUUGAUUCAUUUAACUUUCAGAUGGCCUCCACCGAAAAUGACGCCCGAAACUCUCUUUGAGCUCUCUUAUGGAGAAAAGGUGCGACAAGCAUACAAAAACGGCGAAUACAACGAAAAAAACGAUGCCAUUCGGAAAUGA